CCCCGGACGCGAGCAGGCCUCGAGCCCCCAGGCUUCCGUGCCCCCUGAAACUUGGAGCAGGGUAGGGGUCCAGCAUGAAGCCCCCGGACCGCCCCGCCCCUGGCCGCACGGACCGGAUACUGGGGGUCAUGGGGGGCAUGCUGCGCGCAUGCGCCCUCCCCGGGCAGGAGUGGCCCCCGAAGGGAAGCCCCCUAGAGCCAGGAGAGACCGAGACAGAGUCUGACUGUACCGAGGGGGACCCGAAAGGGGAGCGCGAACGUGAGGUCCUCGCCUGGGCUCCGCUGCCCGAGUCCUAUUCCAUUGCUGGCAGUGAGGGGAGUAUCUCAGCUUCAGCUGCUUCGGGUCUGGCUGCCCCCUCUGGCCCCAGCUCUGGCCUCAGCUCUGGCCCCUGUUCCCCGGGCCCCCCAGGGCCUGUCAGUGGCCUGAGAAGAUGGUUGGAUCAUUCCAAACAUUGUCUCAGUGUGGAAACUGAGGCAGACGGUGGCCAGGCUGGACCAUAUGAGAACUGGAUGCUGGAACCAGCUCUCACCACAGGAGAGGAGCUUCCAGAACUCACCCUGCUGACCACAUUGUUGGAGGGUCCUGGAGAUAAGACACAGCCACCUGAGGAGGAAACUCUGUCCCAAGCCCCUGAGAGUGAGGAGGAACAGAAGAAGAAGGCUCUGGAAAGGAGUAUGUAUGUCUUGAGUGAACUGGUAGAGACAGAGAAAAUGUACGUGGAGGACUUGGGGCAGAUUGUGGAGGGUUACAUGGCCACCAUGGCUGCUCAGGGGGUCCCCGAGAGUCUUCGAGGCCGUGACAGGAUUGUGUUCGGGAACGUCCAGCAAAUCUAUGAGUGGCAUCGAGACUAUUUCCUGGAGGAGCUACAGCGGUGUUUGAAUGAUCCUGAUUGGCUGGCUCAGCUCUUCAUCAAACACGAGCGCCGGCUGCAUAUGUACGUGGUGUACUGUCAGAAUAAGCCCAAGUCAGAGCAUGUGGUAUCAGAAUUUGGGGAUAGCUACUUUGAGGAGCUCCGGCAGCAGCUAGGGCACCGCUUGCAGCUCAGUGACCUGCUCAUCAAACCAGUGCAGAGGAUCAUGAAAUACCAGCUACUGCUCAAGGAUUUUCUCAAAUAUUAUAGUAGAGCUGGAAUGGAUACGGAAGAGCUGGAGCAAGCUGUGGAGGUCAUGUGCUUUGUACCCAAGCGCUGCAAUGACAUGAUGACCCUGGGGAGACUUCGGGGCUUUGAGGGCAAACUGACUGCUCAGGGGAAGCUCUUGGGCCAGGACACAUUCUGGGUCACAGAGCCCGAGGCUGGGGGGCUGCUGUCCUCCCGGGGUCGAGAGCGACGUGUCUUCCUUUUCGAGCAAAUUGUCAUCUUCAGUGAGGCCCUGGGAGGGGGAGUCCGAGGAGGAUCACAGGCUGGAUACGUGUACAAGAGCAGCAUCAAGGUGAGCUGCCUAGGACUGGAGGGGAACCUCCAAGGUGACCCUUGCCGCUUUGCACUGACCUCCAGAGGGCCAGAGGGUGGGAUCCAGCGCUAUGUCCUGCAGACUGCAGACCCCGCAGUGAGUCAGGCCUGGAUCAAGCAAGUGGCUCAGAUCCUGGAAAGCCAGCGGGACUUUCUCAAUGCAUUGCAGUCACCCAUUGAGUAUCAGAGACGAGAGAGCCAGACCAACAGCCUGGGGCGGCCAGGAGGCCUUGGGGUGGGGAGUCCUGGGAGAAUUCGGCCUGGAGACCGGGCCCAGGUCAGCACACAUACACCCAUCAAUGGCUCUCUCCCCUCCCUGCUGCUGUUGCCCAAAGGGGAAGUGGCCAGAGCCCCCCUGCCUCUGGACACACAGGCCCACAGUGACAUCCCCCGAGCCCCUCGUGACUCUCCUCCAGCUCCACCAGUUCCAGACACCCCUCCCUGCCAAGCCAGACUUGCCAAGCUGGAUGAAGAUGAGCUCUAAGUGGUGAAGGCCUGGGGUGGUGCUGACCCAGCCACCCUAUUUCCUGAGAACUUCAGGGCAGUCCUUCUGGCACCACCUUGGAAUUCCUUCUUGAUGUGCCUGGAGCGGGCAGUGAGGCUGGGAGUGGUGUUGGCUUGGCGCAGGAUACCUAGACUCAAAAAGACUUCUUUCUGCUUAAGGAACAUGGGUUCCUUCAGCGCCCAUCCCUAUGCAUGCAUCACAGGUUCCCCCCAGAAGAAGGAUA